CGCGGUCACGAGCGCUCAAAUGAGAUAAAGACAUAAAUAAGUUCAAUCAAUUAGUUGAAGAUAUAAAAUGAGAGAGCAGCUGUUUUUGUGAUUCAUUUAUCUAGUGGCCUUCGCCGUUGAGCGUCGAAGGAAGAAUGUGGUGGACUUUAGCGCUUCUUUUACUGUUUUCCGUGAACAUUUCUCAAGGAAGUGGCAGUAGCAAUGCGAAGAGGCCCGCGGAACAUCCACUGCCGCGAUCUCUUCCCGAGUCGAAACUAAGCGACUUGGCAAAGAGAACGGACUACGAAGCUUUCUACAACGACACGUUUCUGAAAGGGAUCUACCGAGUACGUGUCCCUGGGACAACGGGGCAUCACAAAGUCAAGAUGUUUAUAAAGAAACAAUUUGAGGACUUGAACUGGACAGUUAUCUUGGAUGAAUUUGAUGAUGCCACCCCAUUUGGAAUGAAGCGAUUCACAAACAUAAUUGCCACUCUCAACCCCAAUGCUCGCAGAAGGCUCAUCUUUGCAGCACAUUAUGAUUCUAAAUAUUUUCCUGAUGAUGGGAGUGGACGCUAUUUUCUUGCUGCUACUGAUUCAGGAAUACCUUGUGCCAUGCUCGUUGAGAUUGCUAGAGUAGUCACCCCUCUAUUCAAAGCACGAGAGCAACAGCAAGCAAAUAUGGCUGAGGCUGACGAUGAGCAGUCGGAUGUCACUCUGCAAAUGGUUUUCUUUGAUGGCGAGGAAGCAUUUGUUAAAUGGAGUCAAACAGACUCUCUGUAUGGGGCUAGACAUCUCGCAGAACAGUGGAGCAACACACAUCACCCAAAGGGCUCCAGUACUACAAUGAUAGACACCAUAGUAAGUAUCUUGUUUUUUUUUUUUCUUCCUUUGCAUCAAAUCUAUACUACAUUCUGAAGCAGCAAAGUAUUGGAAAAGUAUGGGACUCCAAUGCGACUUUUAACAGUCAACUAUUAACUUUACUUGAUAUUUCAUUGUAUGAGGCCUUCUGAUAUUAUGCGAUGGUGUGAUUUCG